AAAAAAAGAGAGGGGUCAAUUACAUUUUUUUUCUUCUAAAUAUCAAUUUCUUUCACUUUCUUUUCUCUUCCUUAUAAAACAGAGCAAUGUUCCACAUAUAAGUGAAUAUUCUUGUAUCUACACAGCUUUGAUUUUCUUUGUUCUAUUUUGGAAAAAUCUGUUUCAAGCUAAGAAUUCAAAAUUUAGGUUGUGAGAUUCUAGCGGCGAGAUUUGGGAGUUGAAUUUGAAAAUAUCCAGGUAUCUUGUUGAUCAAGCUAAAAGCAUUGAAUCGUUUCUUGUCAAUGGCGACCGAGCAACAAGAUUCGCAACUCUGUUUAGCAUCGAUUCUGGAGGAUUUUCUUAAACAACGAAAUAUUCGCGUUGGUGCGGAUUCGAGCUCGAAAAAGGCCGAUGAAACUUUUGGAGGAAGGGAUUUGCCAGUAGAUCCUUCAGACUUGAGAAGGUAUGAAGCAGCAAGGUGGGUAAGAAACACACUUGGUGUAGUUGGAGGAAGAGAUUUGCCAGCUGAUCCUUCAGAGGAUGAUUUCAGAAUUGCAUUAAGAAGUGGAAUUUUGCUCUGCAAUGUCCUCAACAGAGUUAAACCUGGUGCUGUACCAAAAGUCGUUGAAGCUCCAAAUGAUCCUCUUGUUAACCAAGACGGUGCAGCUCUAUCUGCGUUUCAGUACUUUGAGAAUCUUCGAAAUUUUCUUGUGGUUGUGGAGGAAAUGGGUAUUCCAACGUUUGAAGUCUCCGAUUUUGAGAAGGGAGGUAAAUCCGCAAGAAUUGUGGAGUGUCUUUUGGCUCUCAAGUCAUAUCGUGAGUGGAAACAGAGCGGAGGAAGCGGUACAUGGAGAUACAUUUUGAACUCGAAACCAACCACGUUUGGAAUCGCAAAACAAUACAAACGUAAAGACUCAGAAGCACAUGUGGAUGCGGUCACAAGUAGCCCUUUUAGCACUCAAUCCAGUGAACAACCUUUGUUUGAUCAAUCUGAUUCUAAUACCAAACAUGAAGGAACUGCCAAUUCAAUAGAUGCCAUUGUCCGUGCGGUUUUUUGUGACAUGAAGCAAGAAGAAUUCCCGGAGUAAAUUGUGGAAGAUAUGCUGAAAAGUGUCAUGGUAGAAUAUGAACGUAGAUUAGCAACACAAAACGAAUUGAUCCAUAUGAGCGCGGGAAACAAAGAUAAGCUUGGCUGUGACGAUCUUGGCAGAACUAUUUCAGGAAAUGAAGAGACGCUAAGUGAUGCUUCGUAUGGAGAAGAAAAUUUGUCAAAGAUUGUAAACAACAACAUGGAAGCUUCAGAAAAUAAUAAUGUUGAUGAAUCGAAAAGCCAAGAUUGUGAGCUCUAUGCGAUUUCAAAAGAGAAGACCGAGAAGCAACAAAUGAUAAUCGACAGACAACAAACUCAUACUGAGGAACUGAAACAUGAUUUAAAGGCUGUAAAAGCAGGUCUCAGUCUCAUGCAGAUGAAAUACCAGCAAGAGUUUACAAGCCUAGGCGAGCAUUUGCAUGGACUUGCUUAUGCAGCUACAGGAUACCAAAGGGUUCUUGAAGAAAACCGAAAACUUUACAAUCAAGUCCAAGACCUCAAAGGUAGCAUACGAGUUUAUUGUCGAGUGAGGCCGUUCUUACCUGGACAAGAAAGUGUCUUAACUACUGUGGAUCACUUGGAGGAGUCAACCAUAACAAUUGCAACCCCUUCAAAGUAUGGAAAAGAAGGUCAAAAAUCAUUCACCUUCAACAAAGUGUUUGGCCCUUCAGCAUCACAAGAGGCGGUGUUUGCAGACACUCAACCUCUGAUCCGGUCUGUUCUUGAUGGUUAUAAUGUAUGCAUAUUUGCAUACGGCCAAACAGGAUCCGGAAAAACUUUCACCAUGAUGGGACCUAAUGAGCUCACGGAUGAGAGCUUAGGAGUAAACUACAGAGCAUUGAGUGAUCUCUUUCAUUUGUCAAGUGUGAGAAAAGAAACCUUUUCAUAUAACAUUUCAGUUCAAAUGCUUGAAAUUUACAACGAGCAAGUCCGAGAUCUCCUUGCCACUAACGGCCAAACCAGCAGAUAUCCUUUUUUAAGACUUGUGUCUCUUUAGUGAUUCCUAAUGCUUCUUGCAUAUGAUCAUUGUACCUACAUUCCUUGACUUGUGAACACAUUAGAGAUUCGAAACAGUUCACAAGAUGGAAUCAACGUACCAGAGGCGACAUUGGUUCCAGUCUCCACAACUUCAGACGUCAUUUAUUUGAUGAAUAUUGGUCAAAAGAACCGUGCGGUCAGCGCCACAGCCAUGAAUGACCGCAGCAGCCGCUCUCACAGCUGUCUCACUGUACAUGUCCAAGGAAAAGAUCUAACAUCAGGAGUCACUCUAAGGGGUUCAAUGCAUUUGGUUGAUCUUGCGGGAAGUGAAAGGAUCGACAAGUCUGAGGUCACUGGUGAUAGGUUAAAAGAGGCACAACACAUCAACAAGUCUCUCUCUGCUCUAGGAGACGUGAUUGCAUCUCUCUCUCAGAAAAACAACCACAUUCCUUAUCGCAAUAGUAAACUUACUCAACUGCUCCAAGACGCUUUAGGAGGACAAGCGAAAACGCUCAUGUUUAUUCACAUUAGCCCUGAAGUAGAAGAUUUGGGAGAAACACUCAGCACCUUGAAAUUUGCAGAGAGGGUGGCCACUGUUGAACUCGGUGCUGCUCGUGUCAACAAAGACACUUCUGAGGUUAAAGAACUCAAAGAACAGAUUGCUAGUUUGAAACUUGCGCUAGCGAGAAAGGAGAGCGGAUCAGAUCAAACACUGCUCCCAAGACCCCUUACGCCUGACAAACUUCUCAGAAAAAAGUCACUCGGCGUUUCGUCUUCAUUCUCUAAAUCAGCAAACACAAGACAGUUCCAAACCAAACAUAAGACAUCAUCACAGAUUGAUGAUCUCAACAACAUUGAGGGUCAAAGUGACUCUGCAUCUAGCCUUGACUUACAAGGACUAGUGGGUUCACCAUCAUGGAAAAGCCCGUCGAUGGAUGAGAAAGAGGAGGAAAUAGAAUUUAUACCAGCUGGAAGUGAAUGGGUUGAUAAACACGAGGACGAAAUCACACGUAGUAGCAAACCUGAAAACAGAUCACAUACACAGCUUGAGAAGCGAUCGUCUAGCUUGAAACGUGAGCCAACGCGAGGUGUAGACCAUAACAAGUGCAGUAAUAAUAAUGUAGAUAAAGGAUUAGAGGUAAGGAAGAUUCCAUACGAAGAAGAAGCAAAUGAGUCAGAUGAAACCGCAACAAGUGAUUGCUCGGAGACUAACUUGAUGUGGCAGUUGAAUGUUCAAGUGAAUAUGCCUAGACCAGCUUCUAAUGGUUCUUCAACUAAGCUAAAGAAGAAUCAAUCAAAAAUCAAUAGAGUUGCUGCUGAGACCAGGAGUAUGAUACCUUCUUUAAUUCCCACGCCUACGAGGAGACUAUCGCUUGGGGCAAUUAGCACACCAGGACAAACUUCCUCAAGGCAUAACAACAGUACAGUAGUUGUGAAGAAGAGACAAAAUCCCAAGUAAUGAUGAAAACAUUUUGUGAGUUUUUGUACAAUACCAAAUAUUUUUUGGCGGACCCAUAUUCAUAGUAUGAGGUCAUAUAUAUACAGACGCCGUAUACGAAGAGUAGAAUACGUGUGAGAGUGAUAGAUUGUACUAUACUAUAGGUUGAUUAUGUUUCGUUUGAUUCGGGUGGCAUUUACUAGAAUGAAUAUUCAAUUCUUUCUAUGUGGCCAAUAUUGUAUACUACUACUUCAGUACUUGUCGAAGCUAA